AUGGCCGUCGGUGGGGCCUGGAGAUUGUGGCUGUGGGCCGGGGCCUGGCUGGGAGUUUGGGCCAUCGAGAUGCCCCAUCACAUCACUCUGGAGACUGGGUUCGACGUGUUCUGGGGCUUUGACACGGGAGAGGGCCAGAUCACCUUUGCCGUCGAGGCCCAGACCAUGGGCUGGGUGGGACUGGGACUGACUCACAGCGGAGACAUGACUGGAGCGGACAUGGCGGUGGGAUGGGUGAAGGAUGGACAGCCAUACUUCCAAGAUCGUCACGGAGUGGGGAAUGAGCAGCCUCUAAUCGACGAAUCCCAGGAUUUCACGCUGGAGUCCCUGACCCAGAAUGGAACCCACACCCGCCUGCAAUACAGCCGGCCCUUCCGUACCUGUGACCCCAACGACCUCGAUAUCACG